AAAGAUAAGAUGUGUCGGCAUAAGAUCCUGAACGGUUCUUUCCUGUCAGACGAAGUGAGAAAUUCUGCACUUUGUUACUAUAUGGAUAUUAUGCAUUAUUUCUAGUUUUCACGCGUAAAACUGACGACGGAAAUACGUUCUUAGAAGAGAAGCAGCAAAGAGGAGUUCUUUGAUGUGACAGAGGGAGGAACCAGCAGCCAUGAGGUACAAGCAGUGGAAUGUCAGAGGAGCAGUAGGCCUUGCAGGCCUCUUUCACUUCCUGCACUCCUGUGCCUUAGGUUCCCUUGUGCCCUUCCUCACCCUCUACUUCCGCUACCUCGGCCUCACUGCUGCCAUGACUGGCACUAUCAUGGCCUCUAAGCACUUUGUUGCUUUACUGUGGAGACCAACUUCCAGCGUAUUGGCCAGGCACUAUAACAAACGCCGCAUGGUCAUAAUGUUGUGUCUCAUCUUUUCAGCUGUGGUUCCUCUCAUGCUUCUGCUCUUUCCACCCACAGGAAUAAGCACAGAAAGUGGCAGCUGUAACAUUAGCCAGUUAAAUGCUAACCGCACAAAGUUUGGCCACACUACUCUGGACCUCAGGACAACUCCACAAAAGUUCACUAGAUCAUUAGUCUUUUCAACAGAACAUGAGGAGAGGUCUGCAAAAGCAUUCAGUGGCACUGAAGCAGUGGCAGAAAAUGUGUCUGCAUACUUCAAUGCCCAAAGUAUAGCUGCGGGUCUGAAUGCAACUGUCCAUGAUAUAGACAUAGAAGUACCUCUGGAAACAAAAGGAGCUUGGACUCGUCCAGGAGAGAGGAGGAGCAGAUCUUUAAACAAGCUUAAGAAAAAGCAGAACGUCAAAGAGCUGCACCACAAUGAGUUUCUUGGAAACCUGAAAGUCAUGGACGCACAGCAUCAGAUGUUUUUCCUGGUAAUGAUCAUAGUAUGCCUCUGGGAGGUCAUGGCUGCCCCGGUGGAGUGGACUGCUGAUGAUGGCCUUCAUGAGUAUCUCGAUUUUGUGGAUGCUACAGACCGUCACAGGGCUGUUCAGUACUGGAAGCUUCUGGGGGCUGCAGGUGGUGUGGGAAAAGCUGGUAUUCUAGUAAGCUUUCUUUACUGUUUAAUUGGCACUGUGUUGCACUUUUACACCUAUGCUGCGUUCAUGGUGUUAACGGCAUCUGUUGCUGCCUUGUUGCCACUUUACCGGCACAAACGUGAGCGGGUUCCUGGGGUGGGGUGGAAGGCCGUGAAGCUUGUGCAGGGGGACCCACGGGCACUGCUCUGUGCCAUCAGUGCCCUCCUUACUGGUAUGGCAGGCUCAGCUGUAUCUGACUUCAUCCUGUGGCAAAUGCAGAACCACAAUGCCACAGAGCUUCAGAUGGGCAUUAUUUUAGGUCUGACACCUUUAUGUCAGGCCGUCCUGACUCCGUUGAAUGGAACUUUAACCCGUCUCCUUAAAUGCCAUGGCCGGAUGCUGCUUCUUUGCAUUAUAGGUUUCUCUCUGCAGUGCCUUUGCUACUCUCUCCUGUGGACUCCUUGGGCAGCCCUUCCUGCUCAGCUACUGGCUGGACUCAGCACAGGCGCCCUCUUGUGGUCAAUGGAGGCUCAAUGUAUGGACAUUGCCUCUCCAGGGACAGAGAGGGCAGUGCAAAGAGUCUUUGAAGCUUUUUCCUUGGAUCUUGGUGCUGGACUAGGCAGCCUGGCAGGGGGCCUUGUGGUGGAAAAGUUUGGAGUGGUGGUGCUUUUCCAGGGUACAGCAGCAAUGCUUGCACUGUGGGGCGUUGCUUUAGCUGUGCUGCAGUGGAGGAUCCCCCGCCAACAGAAGAUCAACUACUCGCGCCUUCUGGUGGCUGAUGCCAGCGAGAUGAGCGAGUCAGACUCUGAGCAGGAGACGGACUGGCUAGAGAAAGCCAUGGAGGAAGACAAAGGAAACAAUAACUGGAGAAGACAGGAAAAAUAAGGAUCAUGGCUGGUAAAGGUUCUUCUAAAAAAGUAUGAUGCCAGUCCCAAAUGUACAGCUCAGUGAUUGUGAAAGUAAGCCAGUAUGUUGGUUAAUACAUUGUAUUCUAAAUGAUUCAUUGUGGCUUGAAGGAAAUUACAGAAUGAUGUUACAUGUACAGCUGCUCUGUAUUAUAUGGGUUUAUUGUUGCAGCUGAAUGCUGCAUGGUUUGCAGUUUGUCUCUUAUCAUAAUGUCAACAUGUUUGUCUGUGGCUACAUGUUGUUGGAAAUAUGUUAAUCAAUACUACUGUGAAAAAUGGUGAAGCCGAAAAAACUGAAACACUUGUUGUAUCUUAAAGCUCAUGCCUGGAACCAUGUUCUGGAAAAAAAAAAAAAUCCACGGUUUUUCCAGAGCUUAACCAACUUUUGUAUACACAAAAGAAUUGUAUAUUAGUAGACUUCAAAGUGUUUUAUUUCAUAAUGGUGUCUCCACUUGACUCUGUAAGGCUUUCUCUGAUCCAUAUUUGUUUCUACUGUACAAAAGGAGGUUCCUUAGAGCAAACAGAGGCUAGUAGGCAUGUGAAGAGCCACUGCUCUCUAUCAAUGGAACAGUCUGCUCUGCAUACUUGCAACACCUGGCAAGCCUAACUCCUCACUUUGCAUUUGGUUCUUUAAAGAAAUGGUGUGGUCAUAAAGCACCCCUUUUACCUUGUGUACUUAAGCGCAUCAACUUAAUCAUUUUUAUUUGUACUGCUGCUUUGAAGCAAUUGAGCUUACAAUGACUGUGACAGACACUUGGAGUAUGGCGUUAAAGCGUUCAUGUUGUUUGGAGGUGUUUCUCAGCUGUGAAGGAUUGUGUAUCUCGGGGGAGUGCACCUGUGUUUACUCUAGCUGCUGAAUACCCAAAUACUCAUGGGACAUUCAAUACUGUGGAAAUGUAGACGAUUUUUUUUCCCAUUAUCAGAAAUUUAUUUUUCAUUUCAAGUUUGCCAAACCUGUACAGUGGUAAGUGUACAUACUAUGACCAGCUGCUGUCAACAUAUCUUAUAUUGAUGGUUGGUUUUAGGGCCCUAUUCCAUGUAGUUGUAGUUAUCUGAAUAUCAUGGAAAUAAGUGUAGCUUGGCUGUCUCAUAAAAUAAACUGAAGUAAAUUCUUUUAUGAAUAGGACCCAGGAAGAGAUCUAAAGAACCUUUGUCAUUGCAAAACUACAGUGACUGGAUAUAGAUAUUUUCUGCAAAUAUGAUCAUUGUGUAACUAUGAAAGAAAGACAAGAUUAAAUGUGUUUCAAUUGCA